AUGUCCAAAGAGGUUAAAUAUGAUAUUGCCCACAUUACAAAGUAUCAAUGCAAGUACUUCAUUACAGAAACACUGUCAAAUGUUCUUAGCAGUCUAGCAAAAGAAAAAAACUGUCCUCUCAACUUGGAAUACCUGGAAUGUGGAUCCCCUUGUAGUGAUAGCUGUUCAGAUCCAGAAAGAGAACUCACCUGUGAUGAUUAUUGUAUAGCAGGCUGCUUUUGUCCGCAAGGGUUAAUCUUUGAUGACAUCAACAACCAGGGCUGUAUACCUUUUGAGAAGUGCUACUGUACCUACAAUGGCGAACUAUAUGCCCCAGGAACAUCAUAUGCAACUCCUUGUAGGUCUUGCACAUGCUCAGGUGGGAAGUGGGACUGUGUGGAUAUUCCAUGUUCUGCAACCUGCUCCAUUGAAGGAGGGUCACAUAUUACCACAUUUGAUGGGACAAAUUAUGAUAUUCUUGGAGACUGUACCUAUGUCAUUGCAAAGUUAUGUGAAGAUAGCACAUUUACUGUCUUGGCUGAAUUAAGACCCUGUGGGAGAAAAGAAGUUGAAUCAUGUAUGACAAGUGUCACCAUUAUCACCAAUGAAGAACAGACCAUCGAGAUUAUAUCUACUGGUGAUGUUUACAUGAACUGGAUGUAUGCUUCACUGCCCAUCAUUUCAGGCAAUUUCACAGUUUUCCAGCCUUCACCGUACUAUAUUGUUUUCAAUGCCAACUUUGGACCCCAGAUAGUGGUUCAGGUUGAUCUUUCCAUGCAUGUUUAUGUGACCCUUGGUCCCUCAUAUAAUUCAAAGACUUGUGGUCUUUGUGGAAACUAUAAUAACCAGCAAAACGAUGAUUUCAAAACGAUCAGUGGUGUGAUUGAAGGCACUGCUGCAGCAUUUGCUAAUACCUGGAAGACAGCAGCUGAUUGUCCCAGUGUCAAAGUCAUAUAUGAUGAUCCUUGUUCAGUUAGUAUUGAAAGUGAGGAAUAUGCAAAACAUUGGUGUGGUCUUCUCCGCGCGAUAGAUGAUGUAUUCACCCCGUGUCAUGCAGUAGUAGAUCCAGCUGUUUAUUAUAAGAACUGUUUGACUGACGCUUGUUCCUGUGAGAACAGUGAAGCCUGUAUGUGUGCAGCACUCCAGUCUUACAACCGUGCCUGUUCUAUUAAAGGAAUUAUUCUAAAAGGUUGGCAGGCUAAAGCUUGUGGCAAAUAUAUCUUGAAGUGUCCAAAGAACUUAGUCUUCAGUUUUAAUAUAACCUCCUGCCUGCCAACAUGCCGCUCUCUCAGUGAACUCGACAUGUCUUGCAACGUACACUUUUAUCCACUGCCUGGUUGUACCUGUGAUGAAGGAAAUUACAUUGACGAUACUGGCAGAUGUGUUCCGGCCGCUGAGUGUCCAUGUUAUUUUAGAGGCACUCCUAUUCCCUCUGGAGAAACAAUCAAUGAAAACGGACUAACAUGCAACUGUACUAUGGGGAAACUAUUCUGCAAUGCACCAAAAAGUUCAGUUUGCAUUGCUCCGAAGAUCUACAUACACUGUGAUGAUCAGAAUCCUGACACCAGGGGUUUAGAAUGCCUUAAAAGUUGCCACACUCUGGAUAUGCAAUGUUACAAAACAAGAUGCAUUCCAGGCUGUGUGUGCCCUUCAGGACUAGUGUCAGAUGAUAAUUAUGGUUGUAUUGAGGAGAAACAGUGUCCUUGUAUGCACAAUGACAUCAUGUAUAAACCAGGAGAGGAGAUCAGAAUUCAGUGUAACACUUGCAUUUGCAAGGACAGAAUGUGGAGAUGUACUAAGAUGGCAUGUCUUGCAACAUGUACAGUGUAUGGAGAUGGACAUUACACCACUUUUGAUGGAAAACGUUACAACUUUAAUGGGGAUUGUCAGUAUACUCUAGCACAGGAUCACUGCUCUUUGAAUGACAAUGACACUUUUAGGAUAAUCACUGAAAACAUUCCAUGUGGAACCACAGGAGUAACUUGCUCUAAAUCUCUUAAAGUUUUUUUUGGGAGUUAUGAACUUAUCCUCAGUGAUAAACAUCUCAAUGUGGUACAAAGAAGCACUGGAACUGAUGUUCCCUAUCGGAUCCGCUUAAUGGGUAUCUAUUUGGUCUUAGAAACAAAAAAUGGAUUAUUACUGUUAUGGGACAAGAAGACAAGCAUCUUCAUCAAAGUUACUGACACAUUUAAGGGAAAACUUUGUGGACUAUGUGGAAACUAUGAUGGAAAUGCAAAUAAUGAUUUCACUACCAGGAGCAAUGCUGUGGUGGGAAACAUAGAAGAAUUUGGAAACAGCUGGAAGAUGACACCCCUCUGCCCAGAUGCAAAAACUUUUAAGGAUCCAUGUUCCCUGAACCCAUACAGGCUUUCAUGGGCACAAAAACAAUGCAGCAUCAUAACUAGUGAAGUGUUUUCAGUCUGCCAUCCACAUGUAGACCCAUCAAAGUUCCAUGAUACCUGCAUCUCUGACUCUUGUGCUUGCAACACUGGAGGGGACUGUGAAUGCUUUUGCACUGCUGUAGCUGCCUAUGCCCAAACGUGUGGAGAGUAUGGAAUAUGUGUUUCUUGGAGAGACCCUAGCAGAUGUCCGUUGUUCUGUGACUACUACAAUGAUGAUGAAGAAUGUGAAUGGCAUUACAAGCCAUGUGGAGCUCCAUGUAUGAAGACAUGUAGGAACCCCAGUGGGAAGUGUGCCUAUGAAAUAAGAGGUUUAGAAGGCUGUUAUCCAAAAUGUCCAAAAGGCAGGCCACUUUUUGAUGAAGAUGAAAUGAAGUGUGUAUCAAAAUGUGGUUGCUAUGAUGAAGACAGAAGACACUAUAGAAUUGGAGCCAGAGUUCCCAGCAGAAACAAUUGCGAUGUUUGUUAUUGCACUGAAGAUGGCAUUAAAUGUGUGUAUAUAGUCAAAGAAUGCCAAUGUGAAUAUGAUGAUCACAUGUUCAAAUUCAAUGAGACCAUCUACAAUACAACAGAUGGUAUUGGACACUGCAUAGUAGCCAUAUGCAAGGAAAAUGGCACUAUCUAUCGAAAUAUAUAUCCAUGUGCUACUGCUGUAACAACACCAUUUACUUUCACUACAGUAUCUCGCACAGUAUCAACAGUUGUCUCACCAAGGACUAGUACAGUAUCAACAGUUGUCUCAUCAAGGACUCCUACACAAACUUCUACUGCUACACAAACCGUUUCAGGAACUACUCAAAGCAGACCUACAACCAAAAUCCCAGUUUUUACAUCAACUUCAGCAACAGCAAUACCAUCAUCAAUAGUGACAACAAGUCAGAAGCCAUCUACAAUUUGUAAACCACAAUGUAAAUGGACUUCAUGGUUUAGUGUGAAUACACCUUCUUUUGGAUUUAAUGGUGGUGAAACUGAGAAUUAUAAAGAACUAAUUCAGAAAGGCAAGCAAAUUUGUAAAUAUCCAGAAGAGAUUAAAUGUCAACCAAAGAACGUAAUACACACAAUUCAGGAAGAAGUGCAACAAUCUAUUCAUUGCAAUUUAUCAGUUGGUCUGGUGUGCAUAAACAGAGAUCAAAUUACAAAUAUGGGAAUGUGCUUUGACUAUGAAAUUAGCUUCCUUUGCUGUGAUGACUACAGUCACUGUGCAAUUACACCUCCAUCAACAACUACAAGUGCAACAAAAAGUACAUAUUUACCACCGAGCUCUAAAACAACCCAAUUUACAAUAAAAACCACUACAACUAAAAGCCAAGCCACAGUACCAACAGUUGUGUCACCAAGGACUAGUACAGUAUCAACAGUUGUCUCAUCAAGGACUCCUACACAAACUUCUACUGCUACACAAACCGUUUCAGGAACUACUCAAAGCAGACCUACAACCAAAAUCCCAGUUUUUAUAUCAACUUCAGCAACAGCAAUACCAUCAUCAAUAGUGACAACAAGUCAGAAGCCAUCUACAAUUUGUAAACCACAAUGUAAAUGGACUUCAUGGUUUAGUGUGAAUACACCUUCUUUUGGAUUUAAUGGUGGUGAAACUGAGAAUUAUGAAGAACUAAUUCAGAAAGGCAAGCAAAUUUGUAAAUAUCCAGAAGAGAUUAAAUGUCAACCAAAGAACGGAAUACACACAAUUCAGGAAGAAGUGCAACAAUCUAUUCAUUGCAAUUUAUCAGUUGGUCUGGUGUGCAUAAACAGAGAUCAAAUUACAAAUAUGGGAAUGUGCUUUGACUAUGAAAUCAGCUUCCUUUGCUGUGAUGACUACAGUCACUGUGCAAUUACACCUCCAUCAACAACUACAAGUGCAACAAAAAUACCAACAGUUGUUUCACCAAGGACUAGUACAGUAUCAACAGUUGUCUCAUCAAGGACUCCUACACAAACUUCUACUGCUACACAAACCAUUUCAGGAACUACUCAAAGCAGACCUACAACCAAAAUCCCAGUUUUUACAUCAACUUCAGCAACAGCAAUACCAUCAUCAAUAGUGACAACAAGUCAGAAGCCAUCUACAAUUUGUAAACCACAAUGUAAAUGGACUUCAUGGUUUAGUGUGAAUACACCUUCUUUUGGAUUUAAUGGUGGUGAAACUGAGAAUUAUGAAGAACUAAUUCAGAAAGGCAAGCAAAUUUGUAAAUAUCCAGAAGAGAUUAAAUGUCAACCAAAGAACGUAAUACACACAAUUCAGGAAGAAGUGCAUCAAUCUAUUCAUUGCAAUUUAUCAGUUGGUCUGGUGUGCAUAAACAGAGAUCAAAUUACAAAUAUGGGAAUGUGCUUUGACUAUGAAAUUAGCUUCCUUUGCUGUGAUGACUACAGUCACUGUGCAAUUACACCUCCAUCAACAACUACAAGUGCAACAAAAAGUACAUAUUUACCACCAAGCUCUAAAACAACCCCAUUUACAGGCAAGUCACCAACAACACCUAAGCAAACAGUAACCUCUCCAACAGUAAUUUUUACAACAAAAAUAAGUACUGAAAGCAGAAUCCCUACAAUAUCUACAAGAAAGACGCCCACAACUUCAGUUCAAACAGGGAUUACUGAAACAAAGCGCAGUGCUACUACACUUUUAUAUUCAACAUCUGCUUCUACUCCAACAGCAACCCAAAGCAGGUCAACAGCAACAAAGGAAACAUUUACUCCUUCAGCAGUAGCUUCUACAUCAAAAAUUAGUUUUCCCACAAGCCAAAUUUCAAUAUCUACAAAAAAGACACCCACAACUUCAGUUCAAACAGGGAUUACUGAAACAAAGCACAGUACUACUACACUUUUAUAUUCAACAUCUGCUUCUACUCCAACAGCAACCAAAAGCAGGUCAACAGCAACAAAGGAAACAUUUACUCCUUCAGCAGUAGCUUCUACAUCAAAAAUUAGUUUUCCCGCAAGCCAAAUUUCAAUAUCUACAAAAAAGACACCCACAACUUCAGUUCAAACAGGGAUUACUGAAACAAAGCGCAGUACUACUACACUUUUAUAUUCAACAUCUGCUUUUACUCCAACAGCAACCCAAAGCAGGUCAACAGCAACAAAGGAAACAUUUACUCCUUCAGCAGUAGCUUCUACAUCAAAAAUUAGUUUUCCCACAAGCCAAAUUUCAAUAUCUACAAAAAAGACACCCACAACUUCAGUUCAAACAGGGAUUACUGAAACAAAGCGCAGUACUACUACACUUUUAUAUUCAACAUCUGCUUCUACUCCAACAGCAACCAAAAGCAGGUCAACAGCAACAAAGGAAACAUUUACUCCUUCAGCAGUAGCUUCUACAUCAAAAAUUAGUUUUCCCGCAAGCCAAAUUUCAAUAUCUACAAAAAAGACACCCACAACUUCAGUUCAAACAGGGAUUACUGAAACAAAGCGCAGUACUACUACACUUUUAUAUUCAACAUCUGCUUCUACUCCAACAGCAACCAAAAGCAGGUCAACAGCAACAAAGGAAACAUUUACUCCUUCAGCAGUAGCUUCUACAUCAAAAAUUAGUUUUCCCACAAGCCAAAUUUCAACAGCAAUAUCUACAAAAAUAGCAACCACAAGUAAGUCACCACCAACAUCUACAUUUUUAACCUCUGCAAUAACUACAACAAAGUCUCCUAUAACAUCAGGUCAAACAAAGACUACAGCAUUGACCUCUUCAUCAGUAGCCUCUACAACAAAGAUAAGUACUUCCACAAGCCUACCAACCUCAGCAACACCCCCUAUAAAAACAAGUUUUUCACCAACAACACCAACGGGAACAGUGACCACUCCAAAAGUAACCUCUACAACAAAAAUCAGUAUUUACACAAGCCAACUUUCAUCAUCAAGUUCUUCAACUAUAGAGCUUACUCAAACAGCAAUAAGCAUGUCAGGAACAAGUUCACCCACAACAUCCACAGCACCAACGAAAACAACCGCAACAAUUACUACCAUACAAUCUUCUACAACCUAUCCAACUACCACAAUAUUUACAUCAACCAUUUGUCAAUGUGAUGUUAGUGGAACCAUAUAUUCACCAGGUUAG